AUGGAUUUCGCCUCGCUAAUGGCAAAGGAAAUUUCCAAGGCAAAGGCGCCCGAAAUUUCCACAGCCACUUCCGACUCUAAGAAGCCAUAUGUGAAGCGAUCAGACACCGAGGCGGCCAGGUUGGCAGCAUACCAUGCGGAGCAAGAGGAACUGCGCAAAGAACGCGAGCAACGUGCGGAGCGGAAACGUAAGUUUGAGCAGGAACAGUCCGAACGCAAUCGGGCAAGGGACGAGAAGAGAAGACAGCUGGCAGAGGAAUCAAGGCGAAAAAAAGAAGCCGAAGCAGUGGCUAAAGAGAGAGAAAGGAGGAAGAGACUUGGUCUUCCCGAUAUUCUUGCGGGAAGGCCAAAUGACUCGACGCAGGGUUCUCCCCUGGUCGACGAUGAAGAAGACCUCGGUGAGGAUGAGGUGAUUGACAAGCUGAGGGCUGCGGGAGAGCCAGCGAUACUCUUUGGAGAAAGCCAUAGGGGUCGUGUAAAGCGGUAUCGACGGCUUUUGCAGCGAUCCCUAACCCCACAGCAACAAAUGCUUGAAAGGCCAAUCGCGACAACCCUUGUUCUUGUCCCCGAAACUGAAAUGAGAGUCCCCCCUAAGUUGCCCACAGAUGAGGAAGGUCGUAGAUUUCUCUUCCGACAACUGGCAUCUUACUUUACAAUGAUCUUCAAGGAAUGGGAAAUCGCAUUGUCGAAGAGAGAUGACGAUGUAAAAAACAGCUACCAAGGGAAACAGGCUUAUAAUGCCAUGGUGCAGUCCAGGGAGAAUAUUCGCCCCUUGUUUAGGAGGUUUGAGAAUGGUGAUUUAGAAGAGAGUAUACUUGAGCCAGUGGUGGAGAUUGUACGAAGCGCGCAGGACAGACGUUAUGUUGACGCGAACGACGGCUAUCUCCGACUUAGUAUUGGAAAAGCUGCCUGGCCAAUCGGAGUUACUAUGGUUGGUAUCCAUGAAAGGUCUGCGCGAGAGAAGCUUCAUCAAAGCGAUAAGAGCCAAGCGCACAUUAUGAGCGACGAAAUUACACGGAAAUUCCUACAGAGUAUUAAGAGAUGCCUGACGUUUGCUCAGGUCCGCUGGCCUCCAGAUGACCAGCUUCAGCUCAUGGGCUGA